GUGGUGGGGCGAGACCGUGCGAUGACCUGGGAGAGGACAGGUUUUUUAGGGAGAAAUCCCGGGGUGCCUCCGUCUUUCCCCGCUUUCUCCCUCUCCCGAUCUCGCUUUUUCUUCCUUUCUCCCUGCCGCCUUGAGGACGCGCGGCCACAUUCCUGCGUCCCCUCCUCUCAGGGCGAUGGUUCCACUGAGGGAAUCCCCUUUUGCAACUCCUGGGUGUAUGGUAGAGAUAGACACGAACAUUUUUGCCGUUCGUCACCCAGCUUUUGCUAGCGGUUAGCUAUUCGUAUUGGAAAAAACCCGAAAGGGGAUUUGCACGGGGUUUAUCUGAACGCCUCGGUCCCCGAAUCCCGUCCCGUUUGUUUUUCGUGACAUUUCUGUACUUUCGUUUAAGGGGAUACGUAUUUAAGCACAGACGCAGGUUACAUUGUAGAUAUUUGCAGAGACUGUUCUUCCUUAGUGCUAUUAAAAUUUCCUUGGCCUUUUACAGUUACCUAUCUCUAAUAAGUUCUGUGUAAUUUUUCUAAAUUGCAGAGUGAUUUUAUUUUGCAGUUAAUCUGGGUUUCUAACUGCAGAACAAGGGAAGGUUUCUUAUUAAGCAUGUUUUAGAGCACUGCUGGAUUGAAUUUUAUCUAUUUCAAUAUGAAACUAGAGGUGAUUUGGGAAAGCAUGUAGGGGGCAGAAAUAAGAAAGAAAUGUUUCAGUGGUGGGUUAUUUUUCUUCUUGCAGGUGCAAAUUGCAAUAUUCAAAGAGGAAUGCUUAUGUGAACAGUUUUAAAUAGUGUUCAUCACCCACUAAUAUCAAACCAUGGUGAUCAUGUCAGAUUAUACAACUGCUCCCACCACAAACCAAAGCCAGCAAAGGCCUCUUCGGGUUGGAUUCUAUGAUAUUGAGAGGACACUGGGAAAAGGCAAUUUUGCUGUAGUAAAACUGGCCAGACACAGAGUAACCAAAACACAGGUUGCAAUAAAAAUUAUAGACAAAACACGGUUAGAUCCAAGCAAUUUGGAGAAAAUCUAUAGAGAGGUUCAAAUAAUGAAGCUUUUGAAUCACCCCAACAUUAUCAAGUUGUAUCAGGUUAUGGAAACAAAAGAUAUGCUUUACAUUGUGACUGAAUUUGCAAAGAAUGGAGAAAUGUUUGAUCACUUAACUUCUCAUGGGCACCUGAGUGAAAGUGAAGCACGGAAGAAGUUCUGGCAGAUCCUUUCAGCUGUAGAAUAUUGCCAUAGCCAUCACAUAGUGCACAGAGACCUCAAAACAGAGAAUCUGCUAUUAGAUGCUAACAUGAACAUCAAGCUUGCAGACUUUGGGUUUGGAAACUUCUACAAAUCUGGUGAGCCUCUCUCCACCUGGUGUGGAAGCCCACCUUAUGCAGCUCCAGAAGUUUUUGAAGGAAAAGAAUAUGAAGGUCCUCACCUUGACAUAUGGAGCCUUGGUGUGGUGCUGUAUGUCCUUGUCUGUGGUUCUCUGCCAUUCGAUGGGCCCAAUUUGCCAUCUUUAAGACAAAGGGUGCUUGAAGGACGAUUCCGCAUUCCCUACUUCAUGUCCCAAGAUUGUGAAACUCUCAUUCGACGGAUGCUAGUUGUAGACCCCACAAAACGAAUCACAAUUGCCCAAAUAAAACAGCACAAAUGGAUGCAAGCAGACCCUUCUCUUCAGCAGCAGCAGUCUCUGGCCUUCUCGAUGCAGAACUACAACUCCAACCUGGGAGACUACAAUGAGCAGGUCCUGGGGAUCAUGCAUACUCUUGGCAUCGACAGGCAGAGGACAGUAGAGUCUCUACAAAACAGCAGCUACAACCAUUUUGCUGCAAUUUAUUACCUUCUUCUGGAGCGCCUGAAGGAGUACCGAAGCAAUCAGUUGUCAAAUCGUCCAGUAAGCAGCCGCCAGCAAAGGCCAAGGAGUUCAGACUUCAGCAAUAUUGAGUUGCCUCAAGACAAUCUUGCCACUGAAACCUUGAGAUCAUCUCUGCUGUACCACCAGCCUCAGAAUAUGAUUCAGUCAUCCUUGCAGGCAGAAAUGGAUUGUGACAUAAGCAACCCAUUACAGCCUAUAUUCUUUCCUGUGGAUCCAAACUUCAACAGUCUUUUUAGGAAUCGCCCAGUCUCUCCAAACAACCUCCUGGAAACCACCAUCAGUGAGGAAGUCAGGCAGGACAAGGAACUGGAGGAGGAAAUUAAAGCCUUUAGCCCAAUUCGUCUCCCUCUGAACACAAGUCGCAGGCACACACUGGCUGAAGUGACGACGCAUUUUUAUCAGUGUUCCCCACCAUGUAUUGUCAUUUCCUCUUCCACAACCCCCACUGAAGGAACCAGUUCUGACAGCUGCCUGCCUUCGUCAGCAAAUGAUGGCUGUGUGGCUCUGAGCAACUGUUUGGAAGAGCAGAUGACGCUUGGUCACCCCGCCACAGCCAGAGUUACAUCAUCGUUUCUGACUUCCCACUCAGGCACACCAGGACUGCAGGCUCAGGGCUGCAUGGGUGGCGCUUCCUUGUUGCCUGUCAGCUUCCAAGAAGGAAGGAGAGCAUCUGAUACCUCAUUAACCCAAGGCUUGAAGGCAUUUAGGCAGCAACUACGGAAGAAUGCCAGAGCCAAGGGUUUUCUGGGACUGAAUAAAAUCAAAGGACUUGCCCGCCAGGUGUGUCAGUCCUCAUCUGCCCGGAUAGCAUGGAAUGGUGUGGGCCCUUUCCAGCAUUCUCAGCAGAAUGCCUGCGUAUACAGCAGCGGAGGAAGUGGCGGCAGUGGUGGCAGCGGCAGCGGCAGCAACAGAGAGAGCAGGAACCUGCUUGAAGAGGUGCUCCAGCAGCAAAGGAUGCUCCAGUUACAGCAUCAUCAGCCAGCUUGUCAGCAGCCCUCUCAGGUGUCUCAGUUGCACACUAAGCCAUUGUCUGACAGUGCAGGCAGCAAACCAUCCGGUUCCUUCCGCUCUGAACUGCCAAGUGAGAACUCACUAGAACUGGCCUUUCAUAAUACCCAGUUUCUUCAGCCCCACCUUUUUGGCAUUGGGGUCUCUCCAGUAACUUCAGCUGCUCACCUUCUUGACACCCAUCUGCGCAUCAGCAGCAAUGUGUCUCCAGUAACCUCCAUGUUUUCUAAUCCGAAUGGCUUUGCAGUGCAAUCUCCAAGCUAUGAUGCUGUCACUCUGCAGCAUGGGGACUGUGAAAUGGAAGACCUUACUUCCACCCAGAUGGGGAAAUUUGUCCUAGUCAAAUGAGAACUUUUUCCCAGCUUUCUCUUUAAUUUACACAUCUCUUUUGGGAGAGAGAGAGAGAGUGCUGCUGUCACUAAGUUCUGCAGAUAUAUGAUUUUAUUUCAUUUUGCAACGGUGAAUAACUCUCAGAAGCAAUAACAUGUUUGAAAUAUGUGAAGAGGCCAUUUGGCUUAGUAAAGCUCCUAACUUUAUAGAGCUGAAGAAAAAAGCAAUACUUACGUCUUUUGGCUUCAACUAUUCUUGCACUGAACAAAUAUAACCAGAAACAGAAAGGACAGACCUUUGUUUUUGGAAGAAAAUAUGACAGGGAAUUUGGGCUGGGGUCAAGGAGAACACUUUUCCGGUACUGUAUUAAAGUCAGGCCAAUACAGCUCUGCUGUUAUGCAAGACUUUGUCAGCUGUCAAUGGUUUGUGGCAAAGCAGGGAAAGGCUUUUUCAAAGAAGGGACCAGAGUCACCCUAUUCAUAAAUCACAGUAUUUGUUUAUGGAUAUGUGAACAUGACUUACCUUUUUCUUUGAAAACAAAAACAUGUAUUUUGUGUUACAUUGUGCAUUGAUAGAAUAAUAACAAAAGCAUCACUCUUCAUUUUUGACGUUCAUGUUAAAGGAACCAAUACCUCUCAAUUUUUUUCUCCCUGACUCCUAUGUUUUUACCUGAAGAAAAACUGUGAAUUUUUUGCUCAGCAUCUCAGUUGUAGCAGUUAAGAAUAGAAGCAUUAGAAGCAAUUUCACCCACUGGGGAUUUGGUUCCUGGUUGCAAACGGCUUCCUCCUCCUCCCCCUUUUGGUAAAUAAACAAUAGGAAUAUUUUAUCUGUCGCAUGAAGUUGCUCAUAUAAGGCUGCGAUGUUAUGGAAGCAGAAUUGCAAGAGGUGCUGGUGUGGGAAGCUUUCAAAACAUUGUUGCUUUUACCUCUUCCCUCGCCACCUCCAAAAAGCCCAAGCAUUACUUUGAAGUUGCCUAUGAGGAAUUUCUCAGUGCUGUGUACAUGUUGUUGCCGCUGCUAAUACGUUUCUUUUUUCUUUAAGGGUCCAAAUUGAAUUGUCUCACUGGGAAAUGUGCAAUAUUCAAAAGUAAUGACAAUGAUACUGACAGUUGAAAGGAAUAGGGAUAGCACAAAGUAAUACACUUUAGACAUAGUCUUGUUAUUGUUGAACAAACUAGUUAAAGUCAGACAAACAGCACAACUUCUAGAUAUUGUUGUUUUACAUACGAAUAGACAAGAGGGUUUUUUAUUUUAGGCAUUUGUAUGUGUGGUUUUAAUACUCUGUGUUUGUGCAUAUAGGCAUUGGAUUACCUUAUACACUACUAGCUAGGUUUUCAAAUAAGCUUUUUUGGUGUUCCCUGGCAUUUGCUCCCUCUGACCAGAGGAUGACUUUUGGCAGUCCCCAGAAACUGGGAAUGGGGGACCACCAAAGGGGAGGCUACACACUGAGGGGAAAUGGGAGGGUGGUCCAUUGUUGGUUGCAGGUGAGCAAAUAGUGAGCCAGCUUGGCCCAAAAUUACUGUUCGGAUGUCUGAAACUGCUUCAUUUUGUCUAACAAGGACCCAUUUCUCUAAAUGUAACACAGGGGUGCCUUCAAGUUACUACUGCUUUGUGCAACCUGCAGUGUUAUAUAUGUAAAGUAAAUAAAUAAAUAAAUAAAAAGCUAUUUUUUUAAACCAUCAAGCCAAAGAGUAUCUGUCUGGUAGGUGGGAGGGAAAGGGUUUGUAGGGAGAUGUCUGUGGCUCUUCAAUCUUUUUAUCUGCUUACAGUAUCUGUAUUGAUGUGUCUUUAGCUUGCUGCUGCUACUGCUUUGUGUUCUGAGAUCUUCAAGGUGAAGGGAAAUUACUCCAGCCAGCCUUCUCUCUGACUGGUGCCUUUCAGUGAGGAGAGAGAGGGGGAAAAACAAACAGAAUGGCUUGAUAUGUGGUAUGGGGGAGUGAUUCAAACAAGCCAAGCAGGAUCAUCACAAAGCAACAAUGUUGCCUUUAUUUUCAUGAAAUAGUAGCACAUUUUUAAGAAUUGUAUUUCCCCCCUGCACUUCUGUCAACUUUCCUUUUUUGCUAUAGAUCAAAAAGCCACAAAAACAACACUCGUGUUUUAAGCAAUGACAAGCACUUUACUAAUAGAAUACCCUUUUCCCAUUAUUGCUAUAGAAAAUGCUUUGAAACUGUUCUGAAGUAGAAAAGGGUCAUUUUCAGUGUGUCAGGGUUUUGUCUCCUUUUUCCUCAGCCCCUCCUUGUAGUAUUCUCAACAGUACUGUUCUGCAGACUGCAAUGCAAUAGACACUAUGUGACUGAUUUAAUUAAGAUGUAUAGUUUUUAUUUUUAUCAUUACUGAAGAUCAUUUUAUUUCUUAUGUUAAAAUAAGAGAUGUACACCAAAAUGAUUAGUUGUGUUUUAUUUAAUAUUUAAAUAAUAAAAAUUGUUUUAAAAAUUGUGA